AUCAUGCAGCCUAUGUUACUAAUCCUUGUGGGGGCUUGGACAACAUUGCAAGCUGACUUACUUUCUGACGAAAAGGUUUUACUUCUACCACCUGUCAAUUUUACUGUUAAAGCCAUUGGAUUAGCUCAAGUUCUUUUACACUGGGCCCCAAAUCCUGAUCAAGAGCAAAGAAAUACUGAUCUACAAUAUCAUGUGAAAAUAAAUGCUCCACAAGAAGAUGAGUAUAAUACCAGGAAGACUGAAAGCAAAUAUGUGGCCCCCCUUCAUGAUGGCUUUGCAGCUAGUGUGAGGAGCAUCCUAUGGAGAAGUCACUCUUUCCUGGCCAGCAGUUGGGUUUCUGCUGAACUCAAAGCUCCAUCAGGGUCUUCUGGAACCUCGGUUAUGAAUUUAACUUGUACCACAAACACUGUUGUGAGUAGUCACACCCACUUAAGGCCAUACCAAGUGUCUCUUCGCUGCACCUGGCUUGUUGGCAAGGAUGCCCCUGAGGACACACAGUAUUUCCUAUACUACAGGUUUGGUGUUUGGACUGAAGAAUGCCAGGAAUACAGCAGAGAUGCACUGGACAGAAAUACUGCAUGCUGGUUUCCCAGGACGUUUAUCAACAGCAAAGGGUUUGCGCAGCUUGCAGUGCAUGUUAAUGGCUCAAGCAAGCAUGCUGCAAUCAAGCCCUUUGAUCGGCUGUUUACUCCCCAUGCCAUUGAUCAAGUGAAUCCUCCAAUGAAUGUGACAGUUGAGAUCAAAGAAACUUCUCUUUAUAUCCAAUGGGAGAAACCAGUUUCUGCCUUUCCAGUCCAUUGCUUUAAUUAUGAAUUGAAAAUCCACAACACAAAGAAUGGUUACUUUCAGAUGGAAAAACUAGCCACCAACAAAUUCGUCUCAAAAAUUGAUGAUGUUUCUACAUAUUCAAUUCAAGUGAGAGCAACUGUGAGCUCAUCUUGCAGAGUGUCUGGAAGCUGGGGCGAGUGGAGUAAGCCUAUUUAUGUGGGUGAGGAUGAGAAGAAACCCUUGGCAGAGUGGCAUCUCAUUGUGUUGCCAGCCACCGCCUGCUUCGUCUUGUUAAUCUUCUCACUUAUCUGCAGAGUGUGUCACAUAUGGAUCAAGUUAUUUCCACCAAUUCCAGCCCCUAAGAGUAACAUCAAAGAUCUCCUUGUGGUGACUGACUAUGAGAAAGCCGCUUGGAAUGAAACCCAAAUUGAAGCUGUAAGUUGUGUGGAAGAGGCUGGAUUUGAAGUCAUGGAAAAUUCCAUGUUUUGA